AUGGUUGUUGAAGCCGAAGCUUCUAAAAGUUUCCCAGGAACUACUCUUGAACAGACCAAAAUCGCCUACAAAAUGUCGUCUGUCUGGCUCAGUGAGAAGGACAAGACCGUCGAGGGUCACACCAACACCGCCGCUCUUUAUUUCAAUGACAAGCUCAUGUGGGGCCCUAAGUCGUGCCACGAUAACACAGUCGAUAUCCAGACGGCCCUGCGCAAGGUCGACCCGCGCCUCGAACUGCGACUGGCCAGAAAGGACAAGACAGUGGAGGGCCACACGCGCGCCUUCAACAUCAAGCACAACGGCAAAGACGUUUUGACGAACCACUCUUGCCACGACAAUAUGGGCGACCUCGCCACAACCAUCAACACCAUCUGGCAGGUUCUCCCGCCCCAGUGA